GUCUAUUCUGUCUGUGAUUGUGUGUGGCCCUGACCCGUUUUAUUCUACCCUUCUUUUUUUUUUCUUACCUUGCUAAAAGACCGACGACCCAUUGAACCUCCACCCAUCUUACAGAUGCAAUGGGAAAACUGUUCCGAUGACGAAAUAAAGAAAUGUCUGCAAAGCCCCUUUUACUUUUUGGUUGCAAACAUUGUCACCGACGACGAUCCCGACACAUUACUGCUGCCCUCGCAGGACUAUUUGUCCGGAUCAACAGUCUCAUCGCUGUACCGUCUGCGCGACAUUGAUAAUUCCGACGGUGGCUUCUUUGUCUUUGGCGACCUUGCUGUGAAGAAAGAAGGAAAAUACCGUCUUCAUUUCAGCCUGUUUGAGAUUGUCGAGGGCGAUAUCCAAAAUCGUAAAACGAUGCUCUCCGACACCUUUACUGUCUUUCUACCCAAACGCUUCCCAGGACCCUUUGAAGCAACGUUCUUGUCGCGCACAUUCUGUGACCAAGGCGUCAAGAUGCGCAUCAGAAAGGAACAUCGUCUGCCUUCUGUCAGCGGUCGUAAACGUAAGGUCGAAACGAUGAAACAACAAGCGACGUCGAUACCAGACGAUCACACCAGCACCAUGCGGACCUAUAAACGAAAAGCUGGGUACAUCGAUAAUGGCCACAACCAAGACGUUCACUUUGGACGAUGGCAAUCGUCCGUACCGCCUUCUCAUCAGAUAAGCAGCAACAGCGACGAUGUUACCACGGCAUCACAACAUCAUUCACCUGUAUCACAACAUCAUCCGCUAGUACCGAUACCGGUAUCAGCAGCAGCACUACCACCAUCUUCAUCAUCAGCACUAUCUUGCUCUUCUUCCAUUACCUCCUCCUCAUCGUCAUCAUCAUCCGUAUCAUCAUCACAACAUCCACCCCCUCCUGUUAUGCAACUCGACCCAUUGCCAUCUCCUGUCACAACACCAUACAGCACCUACACAGAACACCAACAGCUACAUAGAAGCGCUGCUCAACAAUCAAUACCAUCGCCGCCUCCUUCCUCGGGUCAGCAACACUUUUCAUCGGAUCUCGCCGGCUAUCACUUUGACAAAAUGGGACAUAGCAACACCCUGCACACGUUGUCAAGGCAACUUACGCCACCUCCUGUACUUGUUGACAUUGAACAUCAUCCACAUCGCUAUGGAGACCGGUUACCACCUCUACGCGCCAUUAUGGGUGAUAUGGUCAUUGGUCCAUCAUUGCCUCCUCCUAGUCUGCCACCUCCUUCCACAGCAGCAACAUCCUCACUGGGCGCACCGAACCGAGUUUCCAUUCACCAGUUGCUUUCUCAAUAACUUUCUCUUCUUCUUCUUCAUCUUCUUCUCAGGCUGGGCCUACUAAAAAAACCACUCUAUACUAAGCUGCUAGCAUAUAUACAUAUUCCUCGCAAACUUCUUGCACCAUAAUCACUCACCUCUCCACUAUACGCGCAUGUCUACGUUUCCCAUGUUUCUCUCUUUGUUCGAUUUCCACUUUGCUUC